CCUCGCUUCCGCCUGUUUCCAGGCAACCCUGGCCCCGCCCCGCGAUGGCGCCUGAGGACCACGAGGGGGCCACGUCUCUGCUGCAGAGUUUCGAGCGCCGCUUCCUGGCGGCUCGCGCGCUGCCCUCUUUUCCCUGGCAGAGCCUAGAAGAAAAACUAAGGGAGCCCUCAGGUUCUGAGCUGUUGCUGGCUAUUUUGCAGAAGACUGUGAAGCACCCUGUGUGUGUCCAGCAUGGGCCCUCUCUGAAGUAUUCCCGCUGCUUUCUCUCGAAGCUCAUCAAAAAGCCUUCAGGAGACUCAGUCACACUCUCUGAGAGCACAGCCAUCGUGUCCCAUGGCACCACAGGCUUGGUUACAUGGGACGCUGCUCUCUACCUGGCAGAAUGGGCCAUCGAGAACCCAGCAGCCUUCACUGACAGGACUAUCCUGGAGCUAGGCAGCGGAGCUGGCCUCACAGGCCUGGCCAUUUGCAAAGCAUGCUACCCCAGAGCAUACGUCUUCAGCGACUGUCAUGCCCAAGUGCUUGAGCAGCUCCGUAGAAACGUUCUCCUCAACGGCUUCUCCUUAGAGCUGCACACUCCCAUUGACUCAGGCAGCCCGAAGGUGACAGUGGCCCAGCUGGACUGGGACGAGGUGACAUCCUCUCAGCUCUCUGCCUUCCAGGCAGACACUGUCAUUGCAGCAGAUGUACUGUACUGCGGGGAAGUGACACUGUCACUGGUCAGGGUCCUGAGGAUGCUCACUGACUGCCAGAGGAAGAAGGCUCCUGACGUCUAUGUGGCCUAUACGAUCCGCAGCCAGGACACGGGCAAGCUGUUCAUCACAGAGCUGGACCGCGCUGGGAUACACUGGGAAGAGGUGGCCCCUCACACUGGCAAACUGUUCCCUUAUGAAGAGCAUUCGGCCAUCGUAAUCCUGAAGCUCACGCUGACCGGUCGCCAUGGUGUUUGAAGGUGAUCUGAAAACUGAGAUGGCUGUGGUGGGAAAGCGGACAGCUCCUGUUAACAACCACAAUGCACAGGAAGCACAGGCUGUGACGCUGGUGCCUGCCCUCGGCAGCUCACUGGGGUGGACACAGGCUCAGAGCAAGCAUUCCACUGUACAAAUAAAUAUGUAAAUUUAUUAACUAUGACUGUCCUGUCAGCUCAGCCUUGCUCAGCUAAGCCGGGUGAACACAGGAUAUCCCAGAGCUCACAGCAGCCAGCAGAACCAGAAUACAAGGAAUGUGAAGAGUCCAGAAACAAAAACCCAGGAUGAAGAAGUUGGUUGGCAGGGUCACCGGAAGUAACAAAAGUCCUCAGUUCGGAAGAGCUUCUCAGAUGCUGGAUGAUUCUUUUCCUGGGUGUAACCACUGCCGUCCUCAGGCUUCUGACCACUAGGGGGCACUCAAGAGCCCUGGCAGGAAGGGUGGGCACAGGAUGGAUGGGGCCUACCCUCUGGGCCUGGAGGUCAUUUGUGAGUGACCAACAACGGCAGCACAGUCUGCUGCCAGCUCUCAUCCCAUCGUAGCUGCUCUGACUCCUGGAGUCUCUUCCGGAACUGGCUCAGCUUCCCAGCAGGGUCGGGAAACUUUGAGAAAAGCAUCUAGAGGAAAAGGCAGACUGGACUUAGCUCUGCACCAGGCCAGGCUCUUCCUGCUCAUGUCCAGCAGUGCCCUCCCCUCACUGGACACUGGAUGGGUCCAUCUUCUACAGCCCUGCCCUGGAGAGUGGCCAUCCUCUACCUGCCGUCCCCUUCCCUCCCCCUCCCAUCCUCAACACAACUGUACAGAGGUAGUGAUGGAAAUCUUUAAUGCAUCUAUCAGGGACCAGCAAACUGCAGCCUUCAGGCUGGGUUCUGCCCACCUGGCUUUGUAAAUAAAGUUCUAUUAGAACUCAGA